UUUGCGCGAGCACCUCGCAAGCACCAGACAUGACCCGCGGUCGGUGUGCACCUCCAGUGCCGCCGCGACCCAGCAAAGUGCGUCGGCAAGCACCACCACCGCCUGCCAUUCCCAGGGUGUCCCACUGGGUCGAGCUUCGCGAGGGUCAGCCAGUCAGUUUGUCGCGCUGUGAAAUCACUGUCGGUCAAGAGCCACCCCCUGUCGUGGUGCCCGUGUGUAGUGAAGGACUUCCGCCCCUGCCCAAAAGUCUGUGCGUCAACCCUGGCCGCCGUCCGGCCCCCAGACCGCCUCCUACGUCCACCCUAGACCUGCAACUCGCCAUCCUCAGACAGGAAAUGGCCGGCUUGAGACAAUUAGACGUGUCGUUGCUCUCUCAACUGUGCUCCCUCAAUCAAAGCAUACAGGAGUUCCGAGCGAUGAUUCUGCAGGAAGACGCCGACGAGCUCCCCAACUCGAGGCCCCUCUCGGAGAUGUCCAGCGACGAACAACAGUCUUGCAGUUCCGCCUGACACUUCUUUACCAUCAACGCGCCCAAUAGUGUUUUGAUUUUUUUUUAAAUUAUAAACUUCCUUAGGAUUAGCUCAAAUUUCCUUUAAUUGUGAACCAAGACUUGCUAAUGUAUAAAUUUUCAUAGUAAUCAAUCGGAUAAAUCUGUAAAUUUGUGUGAUCGGCUGAUCGCAAACAUUUAUAAAAUUGUAUUAUCAAUUAUAUAUGUUUUUCUUUAAAUUUUCAGAAAAGUGAUUCAAAAUGAAAUCAAUUGUGAUUUAGAUCGUCGCAAUAUAAAAUCAUUUUAAUUUA